AUGACUUUCCAGUGGACGGCAGUGGCCGUCUUUCUGUACGGGGAAAUUGGAGUGCUGCUCGUGCUCUGCCUGCCGUUUGUUUCUCCGCUGAGAUGGCAGAAGAUUUUUACAUUUUCUCUAUGGAGCAAAGUGGCAGUUUUUUGGAACAAGAUGUUCCUUACAAUAAUAGUGUUACUGAUCGUCUUGUUUCUUGAUGCUAUUAGAGAAGUUAAGAAGUACUCUGCCAUUCAUGUGAUUGAAAAGGCCGCAAAUAUCAAUACAAAUACCUUUGAUCACACAGAUGAAGCUCUAAAACAAAGAAACCUCUAUAUCUCAGGUUUUUCCUUAUUUCUUUGGCUUGUAUUGAGACGUACUGUUACCCUUCUUACUCAGUUGGCAAAAAGGAUGGCAUCUCACGCAGCUCUGGAAGCACAAGUAAAUGAUGCUACUGAAGCAGCCAAAAAAUAUAUGGCCGAGAAUGAAAGGCUGCAGGAGGCCUUGAGUGAAAAAGGAAGCAGUAAAACUAAAGAGUCAGUGGAAGCAACUAAUGAAAAGCUGAAGAAGGAAAUUGAACAUUUGAAAGUAGAGCUACAGAAGACAUCAAAUGCUCUCCAAAAGGCAAAUAAUGAAGUGUGUGCAGUUAAAAAGCAGUCCGAAGGCCUUAGAAGAGAAUAUGAUCAUCUAAUGAAAGAAUAUGAACAGCUUCAGGACAGUUUGAAUGAAGCAGAAGACAAGAAAGACCUGUAG